AAAGUGUUUGUUUUAUUGCACGGGAGGAAAUAAACGCAUGAAACCGGUGGCAUGUGCGCGUUAAGAGUCGCAGUCACCCGCACGCUCUGCAGCUUGUCUAAACCUGUGUUGAGAAUGACCAUCCAUAACGGCUCUGUGGUUUCUGCCAGAGACUGCUCUCAGGCUGGAAACAAGAGAAACACACUGAGAUGGGACCUGUCUCCAGAGGAGAUCCGGACCAUGACUGACAGCGUGAUUAACAGAGUAAAGAAGGUCUAUGAUGAAAUUGGAUCUUUAAACAUAGUUAACGUUUCUGUUGAAAACACCCUGAAAGCCUUGGCUAAUGCCAAACUGGAUUAUGCAUCAUCGCGCCAUGUUCUUGAUUUCCCCCAGUACGUUUGUCCUUCUAAGGAGGUUCGGUCCGCGAGCACAGACGCUGACAAAAAACUGUCUGAGUUCGAUGUGGAGAUAAGUAUGAGGGAGGACGUGUUCGAGCGAAUUACUGCCUUGCAGAAAAAUCUCCAAGAAAACCUUUCACCUGAAGAAAAGAGACUCUUAGACAGGCUUGUAACGUUAGGCAAGCGGAGAGGGCUGCACCUGUCUAAAGAUAUACAAGAGGAAAUAAAAAGAACCUCUAAGCUCAUUAGUGAACUCUCCAUAGAGUUUAACAAGAAUCUAAAUGAGGACAAUACGUUUCUUGUAUUUUCUGAGCAUGAAUUGGCUGGGCUAGCUCAUAGUUAUCUGAAUGGCCUGGAGAGGGCGGCAAGCGGGCGGUAUAAAGUGACACUUGAAUAUCCCCAUUACUACCCCCUGAUGAAGAGGUGUCACAAUCCCGAGACCAGGAGGAAGAUGGAAACAGCUUUUCACAGCAGGUGUAAAGAGGUAAACACAGCGAUCCUCGAACAGUUGGUACAUCUGAGGGCAAAGGUCGCAGACUUACUUGGUUACAGCAGCCAUGCGAACUACGUGCUGGAAAUCAACAUGGCCAAGAAUGCAAGCAAUGUGUCGGACUUUCUAGAUACUUUCUAUGAAACGCUGAAGCCCGUUGGAAUCAAGGAGAGGAAAUACAUUCUUGCACUAAAAAAGAGGGAGUGCCUGAUGAAGGGAUACCAGUUUGAUGGGCAGAUCAAUGCCUGGGAUUUGCCCUACUACAUGAACCAAGUGGAGCAGUGCAAGUUCGCUGUGAACAAGGACAAACUGAUCGAGUAUUUCCCGCUUGAAGUGGUGACGGCAGGAUUGUUUGGUAUUUACCAGGAGCUGCUGGGCCUCACGUUCACCGAGGUGGAACACGCUCACGUGUGGCAUGAAAAUGUCAAGCUUUAUUCGGCCCACGACUCCGACACAGGGGAGGAGAUCGGCCAGUUCUACUUGGACUUACAUCCAAGGGAGGGAAAGUACGGCCAUGCAGCCUGUUUUGGGCUCCAGCCUGGCUGCAGAGGAGCUGAUGGAAAACGCAGGCUCCCAGUGGCGGCUAUGGUGGCCAACUUUACCAAACCCAGAAAAGGCAUGCCGUCUCUCCUCCAGCACCAUGAAGUGGAGACUUACUUCCAUGAGUUCGGUCAUGUGAUGCACGAGCUCUGCUCCAAGACCACUUUUUCAGAGUUCAGUGGAACCCUGGUGGAGACGGACUUUGUGGAGGUGCCUUCGCAGAUGCUUGAGAACUGGGUUUGGGAGAAGGAGCCUCUGAGAAGAAUGUCUGGCCACUACAAGGACGGCAGCCCAAUCCCAGACAUCCUGCUCGACAAACUGAUCGCCUCCAGAGUAGCCAACACCGGUCUGAUGAACCUGCGUCAGGUGGUCCUCAGUAAAGUUGACCAGUCACUACACAGCAGCUCUCACGCAGAUACGGCUGAGGUGUUUGCAAAACACUGCCAGGACAUCCUGGGUGUUCCUGCUACACCAGGCACCAAUAUGACGGCCAGUUUCAGCCACCUGGCUGGAGGAUACGAUGGUCAGUAUUAUAGCUAUCUGUGGAGCGAAGUCUACUCCAUGGACAUUUUUUUCAGUCGUUUUAAGAAGGAAGGCAUUAUGAAUCCAAAGGUUGGAAAAGAGUACAGAAGCGUGAUUCUGGAAGCUGGCGGCUCUGAGGAUGGGAUAGACAUGCUGGAAACCUUCCUCGGACGUGCACCGUGCCAGGAUGCUUUCUUUCAAUGCAAGGGACUGAUUAAAUCACAGGAAAUACAAACAGUUUAAUUCAAUAUAGCUUCUAAGAGUCAUUUUGUCAAAGCAGCUGGAUGCGGGUCCAUGUCAGUAGGAAAAUGGCUUUACAUUAAGAACGUUAUUACAGUGUUCAGGGUUUUUGUACUACAGGUUCCAAUGUGAGGAUUUGCUGCUUUUCUCAGUUGUAUAAUAAUUGUAAACUAACUGUAUGGACUGUUCUGAACUAUUGAUGGGACAUUUAAAUAUGUA